AUGCAGUGGCCUUUUUCGUCGGAGCGACUGUGUUUGCAGAGGGGUGACUUGAAGGCUGAGGUUGGUAGGUUCUUGACUUGCUAUCCGGAAACGGUUCUUCUUUCUGAGGAUAGUACCUAUGGUUUUCAUCUUGAAUCUUGCAUUUCUCACACUGAAUCCAUAUUAAGUUGGAUCCAGUGUCCAAUACUAACAGAUAAGAUUUUUUCCCCAUAUAAACAAGAUGUGGUAGUAAAGAUUGGUAUUGGUACCAUCGACAUCGAGGGUGAUGUCGCUUACAAAUCUUAUCCGUUAGCAUUGGACACUGGAUCCGACUUAAUAUGGAUUCAGUGUGAGGAAUGCAAGAUUCAAGAUGAAAACCAUAGGUGCUAUCCUCAGAAAGAACAACCGUUUACGGAUAGCAAGUCAAGAACCUACCAACCUCUGCCUUCAAGUCACCUCCUUUGCAAAUACAGUCGCUCCAACGAAAAAGGCCACUGCAUAUACACGGUGAAUGGUACGGAGGCGGUGAAAGGGAUUGUCUUCGGAUGCGGUUAUAAGAACUAUGAUGAUGAUGGUAAUGCUGGUGAUGCUUAUCAGAUAGCAGGUACUUUUGGCAUGAGCCCUGGUCCCCGCUCUUUUCUAAGCCAAUAUAAAGCAAAGAAAUUUUCAUUCUGCAUGGUUCCGCGAUAUAUGAAAAACCCUCCAUCAACCUACCUGAGGUUUGGCUCAGAAGUGAAGCCGUUAACAAGGUUCCAGACGGUGGAUCUUCUUAUGACAAGGGCAACUAAAAAUCACUUUGUUCUGCAGCUGGAAGACCUUGGAGUAAACGGCAAGAGGCUUCGGAUUGAUCGGAGGAAGCUUAGAGAUCAGCAGUUAGUUGUUGACUUUGGCUCCACUGAUUCAUUUAUGCUGAAUGGUGCCCAUGAAAAACUUGUGAAUAAAUUAGAUAGCAUUCUAAUUACCCGCAACUGGGGACUUUGA